AUGUCUAAGAUGGAUGAAGUCGAUUUGGUUCAGGCCAAUAUCCUGGCAUCCGGUUGCAACAAGAAAUCGGUUCGGGUUGUCAAUGGAUUUGGUUCUAUGAUGGGGUCGAAGGACAUGGUGAGUGUUGACUACGAGAAGGAUUCGAACAUGGAUCAUUUGUUACGUCGGGAUCAGGAGGAGAAGGAGAAAUACGCGAAGAACAAGCAUAUUUCGGAGCAGCCAUGGACGUUGAAUAACUGGCACAAGCAUCUGAACUGGCUGAACAUGAUCCUGGUGGUGGUUUUGCCCAGUAUUGGUUGGUAUUUUGCGCUCUCCGGGAAGGCGCGUCUGCAAUGGCAGACUCUUGCUUUUUCGAUCGCUUACUACGUUGUGGGCGGCGCAUCGAUCACUGCGGGUUACCACAGAUUGUGGUCUCACAGGUCGUACAAUGCUCGCUGGCCGUUGAGGCUUUGGUACGCGUUCUUCGGGGCUGCCAGCGUCGAGGGCUCUAUCAAAUGGUGGGGCCACUCGCACAGACUGCACCACCGUUACACAGACACGGUGCGGGACCCUUACGACGCGCGCCGCGGGCUGUGGUUCUCGCACAUGGGGUGGAUGCUGUUGAAGCCAAACCCAAAGUACAAGGCGAGGGCGGACAUCGAGGACUUGACUGACGACUGGAUCGUGAGAUUCCAACACAGACACUACUUGCUGAUCGUGUUGCUGUCUGCGUUCAUUCUACCCACGUUGGUGUGUGGAUAUUUUUUCAAUGACUAUCUUGGCGGGUUCAUCUACGGCGGGUUGAUCCGUGUGUUUUGCAUCCAACAGGCCACUUUCUGCAUCAACUCGUUGGCGCACUACCUCGGUGACCAGCCAUUCGACGAUAGAAGGACGCCACGUGACAACUGGGUCACAGCUUUGGUUACGUUUGGUGAGGGCUACCACAACUUCCACCACGAGUUCCCAACGGAUUACAGAAACGCUAUCAAGUGGUACCAGUACGAUCCAACAAAGAUUAUCAUCUACAUGAGUUCGCUGUGUGGAUUGGCGUACGAUUUGAAAAAGUUCUCUCACAACGCGAUCCAGCAGGCUCUAGUGCAACAGCAGCAGAAGAAGCUCGACAGACAGAGGUCCAAGUUGAACUGGGGGCCACAGUUGACCGACUUGCCCGUUUGGGACAAGCAGGACUUCCUCAGAGAAAUGGAAAAGAGGAAGGGUUUGGUGGUCAUCUCUGGCAUCGUGCACGACGUCUCCGGUUACAUCUCCGAGCACCCUGGUGGUGAGACUUUGUUGCAAGCUGCGCUUGGAAAGGACGCUACCAAGGCGUUCAACGGUGGUGUGUAUCGUCACUCCAACGCGGCUCAUAACGUGUUGGCCACUAUGAGAGUGGCCGUCGUUAAGGAGGGUGAAGACGCUGCCAUCAAGUUCGCCGCGAGAAGAGGUGAAAUCUAUGCAAAGACCGCAAAGGCUGAAUAG